UUACUUACGCGCGUUACGUACGUACACAGACCACCAACAGACAGACAUCAUGGCGGACGUGUUGGAUCUUCAUGAAGCGGGAGGCGAGGACUUUCCUAUGGAUGAGGAUGGUGAUGAGAGCAUCCACAAAUUAAAGGAGAAGGCCAAGAAGAGGAAAGGACGAGGCUUCGGCUCAGAGGAAGGAGCCAGGUCCAGAAUCAAAGAAGACUACGAUACUGUGGAGCAGGACGGUGACGAACCAGGCCCUCAGAGAUCUGUGGAAGGCUGGAUCCUAUUUGUAACAGGUGUACAUGAAGAGGCCACAGAGGAAGACAUCCAUGACAAGUUUUCAGAGUUUGGAGAAAUCAAAAACCUGCAUUUAAACCUCGACCGCAGAACAGGCUACCUCAAGGGAUAUGCUCUGGUGGAGUAUGAGACAUACAAAGAGGCCCAGGCAGCCAUGGAAGGGCUCAACGCUCAGGACAUGAUGGGCCAGCCUAUCAGUGUUGACUGGGGAUUUGUCAGAGGGCCCCCCAAGAACAAGAGGAGGACUGGUGGACGGAGACGCAGCAGAAGUCCGGACAGGAGGCGUCGUUGAGUUUGGCGCUUGUCAUUGGCGUGUCUGUCACUUUGACGGGCAGUUUCUAAUCCUCAUCUUCUCAUAAGAAGCAGUUUUUUCGUACGAUAUUUUUGUGUAACAGUUGUAUGGCACCUAGUUGUACACAUUUCAAAUAUUGGGUUUAGGAAAGUCUCGGAAGAGACGAAUAACAAAUUAAUAAAUUGGCCUCAAAGCAGCAUUUUCAUUUUUUUGUAAAUUGCUUAUGCUGCUUUACAAUGCAACUAAAGGGUAUCUAUUCAGCUGUCUGUGAAACUAUAAUUUUACUUUCGACACCGACUUGCAUGUACUGCAUUAUUAUUGUUCCUUCAAAAUGUUGUAUACGUUUCUCAAUGUUGCGUGUGUAAUGUUGUGUUUUGUUUUUAUAUAACUUGGGGAACAUUAAACUUUUUAAAAGAUG